CCCUUCGGCAAUGUGAUUUUAUUAAUUGCAAGUACCCGCAUUUCAUUGACAAAAGUGAAACAAAUAUGGCCACAUAUUAUCAUUUUGGAGCUUUAAUUAUAUUUUUUGUGAUUGUAUAUUCAAAAUGUCAAGUGGAAUAUAAAAAAGGCGUUAAAAUUGAAAUGAUAGUUCCCCCGACCCCCGGUUGUUAUGGGGUCAACUUUGGUGAUUUCUACCUGUCUUAUGACAACAUGACGUUAACUGACGGGACCCCUAUUUUCAGCACCCACUGGCCAAAUGGACUCCAUGUCCCAGGAAGAUGGUACUUAGGGAAUCAGAUGAAUGGCAUCAACAUCGGAUUACGGGGGAUGUGUAAGGGGGAGAAGCGGAACCUGACGAUACCCCCGCAUCUCAUGUAUGGCAGCGAAAACACAACCGUCAACUUAGUACAAAUAAUUCCUGGUAACUCCACAAUCCUUUACCAAGUGGAAAUGCUGGACGUGGUUCCAAAGGCAGAAAAAUCCCUCCUUCUGGACUUUAUUUCAGCGGACUGGAACGCUGAUUGGUUCGUCGACUCAGAGGAGAUUGAUCGUGUUUUAACAAGAGAGAAGUCUCUGAGGCGACUGUUGCGGAUGUCACUGGGUAUGGACAAUAUGGUAGAGCUCGCCAUUCAGUGGUUCGACAAAGAUGGAGACGGGAUGUUAAACAGACUGGAAUACUUCGAGAUGUCAGAAAUGAUCGGUCUUGAACAACUCAGGAAAGAUGCUAAUGCAGGUCUUAAGGACAAACAUGACACUGUGGCACAUAUCACUGACUCUCAUAACGAGGCUGAUUCAUACCUUUACGAUACAGAAUUUGGUUUUAUCGUGGGCUCAAAGAAGGUUCCUGUUGGGUUGUCCAGGGGAGUAAUGGGGAUGUGUGUGGGGGAAAUCCGGGAAAUUAACGUACCCCCUCAUCUUGGAUACGGCGAAGACGGUAAAGAUAAAGUUCCAGGUGGUUCGUGGCUCCUAUAUGAAGUCGAACUGGUGGAGGUCUCAGAAGAAGACAUUGACGUAUUUGAGACACUAGAUGAGGAUAAAGACGAACACCUGAAUACAGAUGAGAUGAAAAAAUAUUUUUCUCUUCCCAAUGUUGUUGAAUUGUUCGGCGAUAUGGCAAGUGACGAGAAUAGCGUGGCUUUCCUGACUCAAACGAUCAUGAACAUGGGCGAUACUAAUGGUGAUGAUGUCAUUUCCCGUGAGGAAUUCUACGCCAUUGAAGAUUUCCAAAAACUUCAGCAAAAGGAAAAAGAGGAAAAUGAGAUCGAAUUUAGAGAUGAACUUUAUAAGGGAGAGCCCAUUUCAUUUGCAAUGGGAUCGGGACAAUUACUUAAAGGAAUAGAACAGGGAGUUGACGGUAUGUGUGUUGGAGAGAAAAGGCGCGUUACAGCACCCCCUGCUUUGGCGUAUGGAUCCAAGGGAACGGGUGAUGUGCCAGGUGGAGCCACAGUCAUUUUAGAAAUUGAAGUGCUAACUAUUAAGGACCAGCUUGACGUCAUUGACCAAUUCCAUAGAAUGGACAUUAACAAAGAUGGAGCUCUCGAUUUCAAAGAGAUCGAAGAGGUGGUGAGCGGAGAACAGUUCCAGAAGAUGAUGCCAGUGAAAAUGGAUGAUAGCAUGCGUUUAAUGAUGAUACAGACACUGUUCACAAUGUCAGAUAAAAACCGCGACGGUCAACUCGACCCAUCGGAAUUUACGCACAUGUCCAAAAUGGGAGCGAAUGCCAUGAAAAAGAAAAUGGCUUCGGACGAGCUAUAA